AUGUUCAUGGCGGGUCUGGGCGUGGGCGUGGGCGCUGGUGGCGUGUUGGCAGCCGAGGUGUGCGCGCCGCUGCUGCUGCUGUGCUGGCUGUGCUGCUGGCCCGACGACGACAGAUCCGAUUCUAGUUCAGAAAAAUAUCCUCAAAAACCUGUUAUAACGAACGAGUCGACUUCUCGCCGUCGCUCUCAUGAACUGUUUGGGCGACGUAUGGGCAGCAGCGCCGUGUCUCUUCACCUGCCGAGCACUUCUGGAAAUACCAAACAACCACUGUCAGCUCACAGAAGCCACGAGGAGAUCCGCAGCAGACGCAAGUCGCAGCCGGAACCGGACGCGGACGUUGACGCGCGCUACCACUCCGCACCCAGCGUCAUCGACGAAGUGCUGCACCGCCGCGACUGGGAGCGCUCCGCAAGGGAUCUAUACAUACCGCUCAAGUCUGACAACGAGUUCCCUAACGACGACGCGUCCGACAGGUCAGAGAGAGACGAUUUCGAAGAGAAGACCAACAAUAACACAGUGGGUAGAACGUGCAAGAAACACUACACUAAUAUAAAGUCAUCUCGGAAAAAAGAUAUGAACAAAGAAUCACUCAACGAGGACAUCAAAGAUCAAGACGUUACCGAAAGUGUUACCAACUUCUACAUUGGCGAAUGCAGUACGAGUCCUAACGAGCCUACAAACGAGGUUAAAGCUGAGGAUAAAGUUAAAUAUAAGGCUAAAGAAGCUAAACAGAAUCUGAACGAAUGUAUCAGAUCCAAAGACCGCCAGAGAUGUCCUCUCGUGCCAUUGACAGAGUUCCAAGUGGCCGGCUUCGAGAUGGACGAGUUUAGCGACGUCGUGCUGGACCGGUCCGGUGCGAUGCACCACUCGGUGGAGUCCCGGUCCAGUCUGUACCAUACGCAUACGAUACCCGCGCCGCCCCCCUCUGUGGAAGCCAUAGGAUACGACUGGGAGGCAUCAUAUCUGGAGGAGACGGGCGCGGCGGGCGUGUGGCGCGCGGCGGGCGCGGGCGCACUGGGUGCGGGCCGCGCGCGCCACGCCAGCGCCGGGGACGUACUCGCGCCCGUGUUUCGGCCGCAGUCCGGAGCGCUCUCGGAGAGCGAGCUCGACUUCGAACUAGAUGACUGUGACGAGGCGCCGCCCGCCUAUCACGAGGUGCUGCGCUCCGCGCUCGGCGCGGGCGGCGCAGGCGAAGCGCGCGACCGGAAGGAAACCGCCAUA